GAUGUGUGGCUACAGAGUUUGUCUUUAUUGCUCCAGGAAAGAAGGCUUGAAGAGUCUCUCUGAAUAAAGACACCAAGAGUGCGAAGUGACUAGAUGGAAGCCAAGGCGAAAAACUAGGGAAUGGGAGAUGGUUGAGGGAGAUAUUCACCAGGGUGCAUCCUCAAGAUUUAACUAUUUCCUUACUGAUAAAGUGGCCUCCUAAAUAGGAAUGCCUGUCCAGAUAACAGAAUUGGAGACAAUGGAUGAAGAUCAGUUAAUUGAAGAAGUCUUGGAUAAGUUUGUUAAUUGUCAUGAGCAAACCUAUGAAGAAUUUCUGAGCAGUUUCACUCAUCUUUCAAAAGAUAAUGUGACCAAAAGAGGAGACUUUGGAACCAUUUCUUCUGAAAACACAUUUACUUCAAUAAAACCUACUCAUCAAAAUGAACCAAAAGAUCACCAUUUUAGAAAUAAAGCCACCUUUCUUCGUACUUCAUCACAGUGUUCAGAAGAGGAACAGAUAGUGAUAGAUGAAGGCCAAAAAGUUGGCAGUUUCUUUCAAGGUUAUCUGAAUCGGGCAGGGGAGGUGAAGGUAGAUAAUUUCCUAGAGUUAGAAGAUUUGGACAUGGAUGAAGAGAUUAAACCCCAAAUGAGCAAGGAUUUGGUGCUGCUUCCAGGAGAGGUGGAGCAGGAUGUGAGCACAAGUGUUCCUUCUUACGUUCCUUCUUGCAUUCCUUCCGCGGCCCAGCCUCUCACCCCUGGAGUGAAGCCAAGGCCCACCGGAAAGGGAGCAGAGCAACAAAGGGAAGAGACAAUUGGAGAUGAAGUUCAGCCCUUCUCACUGGAUGAAGACUUUGAUUAUGAGGCUGUGAUGCUCACCCCCAAGUUCACUCCUGCAGAGAUAGAUGCUAUCAAGGAGCUAUGCAACCAAAGAGAAAGAGCACCCACACAGACGUAGAAGAACCUGGCGACUGAUCCACAAAGACAUCUUCGUGUUUGUUGUUAUUUUGUUCUUACUGAAGCAACAUCAGCAUAAAAAAUAAACCUACCAUAAGCCCCGUUGGGGAGAUGUACCAGUUAUUUGCCAGAAGGAAGACGAGACUAAAAAGACCAAAGAGAUCUUGACCUUUACAGAGUUCUCUUCUGUCUCUUGGCUGCAUCCAUGGCUGGUAGAGGGAGACGGCGGUAGCAAAAGGGGGCAGAAAGCAACACCCAGCAGAGGGUCCAUUUGGUGAGACCACUGACACUAGGGAAUGUGGGGUAUUGUAACAAAGAUUGGAAACUUCAUCCCACGCCCUUCGGGGAGAUGGGCAACUGAGCAUGCAAAGCACAGAGAAGAAUUGAUCUGGCAGCUAAGUCACUGGUCCCAGCUAUCCAGAGAGAGUGGUACAAAUGCGAGUGCUGAGGUUGGGUUCCUAGGAUUGACUGGGAAAGACUUCACUGAAAAAGAAAGUAUCUGAGAAUUGAUUAUAUGUCAUAUAUUAAAUUCUUACACUUUGUUAUUACUACUCAGCCACGUGUGAGGAUCGUUACAAAGUACAAGGGAUGAUCUCUAUCUCCAGAAGCUUAAAAUAUAAUUUCAGAAGGCAAGGCAUAGAUAGAGAAGACAACUAGAGAAUGUAAAAACUACUGCGAAGUGCUAAUUGUGUAAAAUACCCAUGAAUGCGUUAGAGGAGACAAGAGAGGUGAAGGCACGGAAGAAGGGGGAAUCAUAUGUUUAAAGUAAUUUUUAUUAUUGAGGGGAUCAGCAACAAGUCAAAUGUACUUAGUCUUUCUUUUUUUGACUUACAUAUUUUAUUUUUUCUUUUAUGUUUUAUUACAGAAUAUUGAGUAUACGUCCCUGUGCCAUGCAGUAGGACCAUGUUUAUCCAUCCUAUAUAUAGUAGUUUGCAUCUACUAAUCUCAAAUUCCCAAUCCCCACAUUGCUCCCCUACCCUAUAAAUCUGUUCUCUGUGUCUGUAGGUCCAUUUCUGUAUCGUAGAUACUUCGUUUGUGUCAUGUUAGACUCUGCAUAGAAGUGAUAUCAUGUGGUAUUUGUCUUUCUUUUCACGUACUAUAA